AUGAUCCAACCUCAGGGAAAGGAGCUUGAUUUGCUCACUGUAAUAUUGCCUGAUAAUGAUGGUUUUCUUUAUGGUGAUCAAAAGCAGAUAUGUGAGACUGGCCUUGGUUUAGUUUCACAAUGUUGUUUGACAAAGCAUGUUUUCAGGAUAAGUUGGAGGAAGGGAACAGUUCUUGUCGAUGCAUUGUCAAGGCGCAUUCCUCUUGUUAGCAACCGACCAACUAUAAUAUUUAGUGCUGACGUAAGACAUCCUCAUCCUAGGGAAGAUUCUAGCCCUUCUAUCGCAGUUGUUGUUACAACUCAAGAUUGGCUCGAGGUGACAAAAUAUGCUGGAUUGGAAGUACAAAUAUGUUCCAUUUGUCUUGUAAAGAAAGUUGUGAGACUAGAUAUUCCUGUUGACAAGUAUCCAAGUUACAACUUUGUUGGCCGUUUACUGGGACCACGUGGGAACUCCUUAAAAAGAGUUGAAGCUUCAACUCAAUGCAGGGUUUAUAUACGAGGUCGAGGUUCAGUGAAGGAUUCAAUAAUGGAAGAAAGCUUACGGGAUAAACUUGGAUAUGAAUACUUAAACGAACCACUACACAUACUAUUGGAGGCAGAAUUUACACCAGACAUAAUUGAUGCUCGCUUAAACCAAGCUGUUGCCACCCUUGAAGAUCUUCUGAAGCAUGUGGACGAGUCAAUGGACUACUACAAGAAGCAACAGCUCAGGGAGUUAGCCAUACUCAACGACACGUUGAGGGAAGAGAGUUCACAAAUGAGCCCACAAAUGUUCAGGGAGUUGGCCCACAGGAAACAGUUGUAA